AUGUUUAUUCUUAUUUUUUUACCAUCAUCUAUCUAUUUAACACCAUCCAGUAUUGGUCAAAGGAGAAUUAUAAGAUCAUCUCUAUCACCAUCAAUACGAAAACCAAAUAUAACUAUUCUUAUGAUGUUUCCAGAUAUCGAUGGAUUUAUACCAAAUUUAAAAUCAUUAAUUAUUGUUUAUGAAUACAUUGUUGAUCUUUAUAAAAUAUCAGAAUGGCUUAAUAUUAAUUUACAAAUUAAAGAUUCGAAUUGUUCAAUAUCUUUAGCUCCUCAUAUGCUUGUUAAAACAAUGCUUUCAACUAUUCCUGAUGUUGUUUUUGGACCCUUUUGUGAUUUAGCAGUAGCACCUGUAGCGCGUCUUCUUCAUUUUCAAAAUAUUCCUCUUAUUACAAUGGGUGCAGUUUCAAAUGAAUUUACUUUACAACGUCAGUUAAUGUAUUCAACAUUAUUUCGUUUCGGAUAUCGAACAGAUGAACUCGGUGCAUUACUUGUCAAACUUUUCCAAUAUUAUAAAUGGUCAUUUGUUAAAUUUCUUUAUGAAGAUAAUCCAAAACCUUGGCAUGAAUGUCAAGUUCUAUUACGACCAAUAGCACAUACAUUUGCAUCUAAUCAAAUUCGUUCCGAUAAUCGAAAGGUUACAAGUCAUGAUAUUAAAGAUAAUUUUAAAUCAAUUUUUGUUGAUUUUAUUAGUAAUAAUGCAUCAGUAUCAUUAUGGUGUGUUAAUCCAAAAACAUUUCGUUCAGCUGUAUUAACAGCUCAAAAACUUGGUUUUGUUAAUGGAGAAUAUGUUUUUAUUUAUCUUGAUACUGUUUUAACACAAGAAAAUACUGAUGAGAAAAGUUUAGCUGUUAGACAACCAUGGUUUGAUCCAAAUGAAGUCGAUAAUGAAAUAAAUGAUAAUGCACGUCGUGCUUUUGAAACUGUAUUAUUUGUUCGACAACGUCUCUAUACUGAUGAUCGAUUUCGUCGUUUUGCUGCUAAUGUUGUUGAUUUUGCACGUAAAACAAAUCGAACCAAACAAUUAACUCAUGAAUCAAUUGGAACAGAUGAAACAAAUUUUUAUGAUGCAGUUGUAACGUAUUUUAAAGCAUUGAAAGAACAUUAUUCAAAUAGAAAUCUAACAGACGCAUCAUAUAUUGGUGAUACAAUAAUAUAUCCAUCGUUGGAUGCACGUACAUUUAAAACAAUGAUUUGUAAUCGUUCAAUUGAAGGUGCAAAUAAGAAUAUAACAAUGAAUCAUAUUUGUGAUCGAAUUGAUAUUGGUUAUGCAAUUUAUGAUAUGGAUCCAGAUACUGGAGAAUUAGAGGCUGUUGUUGCUUAUCCAGCUGAACCAUUUACAAGUGAAAAUAAACAAUUACAAUGGUUAAAUGAUUCGCGUUUUAUUUAUUUUAUUGAUAAUAAUUCAACACACAUUACUGAUACACCACGUUGUGGUUUUAAUAACAUUAAAUGUCCUAAAAAGACUCUUAUUCCAAUAUGGGGUUGGAUUAUUGUAAGUCUUUCAUCCAUUAUUGUUAUUCUUAUUAUUGUUGGUUUUAUUCUAUAUCGACGAGCAAAAUUUGAAGCUGAAUUAAAGGCAAUGCAAUGGUUAAUCAAAUGGGAAGAAUUAGUAACACGAACACUUCUACAUAAUGGUGUUGCUACACCAUCAUUUAACAAAUUAUCAGCUUCACAAAAGCGUAGUUCUGUUAUAAGUCAUCGUUCGAAUGAUAGUGAUUUGCGUGAACAAUCAAAACAAACAUUUACAAAAACAGCUGUUUAUAAAUCAUCGAUUGUUGCUCUGAAACGAUUUCAUAAAAUAAAACUUGAAACAACACGUGCACUUCAAUUAGAAGUUAAAGCAAUGCAAGAUCUUACACAUGAUCAUAUAGCUCGUUUUAUUGGUAUUUGUAUUGAUCCUAAACAUCAAUAUAUUAUAACAGAAUAUUGUCCUAAAGGCAGUUUACAGGAUAUUCUUGAGAAUGAAGAAAUUAAACUUGAUUCAAUGUUUAAACAUUCCAUUAUGCAUGAUAUUGUUAAAGGUAUGCAACAUUUACAUAAUAGUCAAAUUGGUUCACAUGGAAAUUUAAAAAGUUCAAAUUGUGUUGUUGAUAGUAGAUUUAUUUGUAAAAUAACAGAUUUUGGUCUGCCGACAUUAAGAUCGAAUACAAAUAAAGGUUCACCGUUAGGUGUAGUCAAAGAUUUUGCAUAUUAUAAAAAUCGAUUAUGGACAGCACCAGAAUUAUUAAGAGAUGCAAAUCCACCGGCUGCAGGUACAGUUAAAGGUGAUGUAUAUAGUUUUGGUAUAAUUUUACAAGAAAUUGAAUUACGUAAUGGACCAUGGUAUUUAAGAGAUACAGAAUUACAAGCAUCUGCUAUUAUUGAAAGUGUUAAGACUGGUAGUUUACUUCGACCAUCAAUAGAACUUGGUGAUUGUAGUACUGACAUUCGACAAUUAAUGAAAGUGUGUUGGAAUGAAGAUCCAAAUGAAAGACCAGAAUUUUCUGAGAUUCGACAAGUCAUGCGUCGAAUAAAUAAAGAUUCCGAUAGUGGAAAUAUUCUUGAUAAUUUACUUAAACGUAUGGAACAGUAUGCAAACAAUCUUGAAGGUCUUGUAGAAGAACGUACAAGUGAUUAUUUAGCUGAAAAAAAGAAAGCAGAAGAAUUACUCUAUCAACUAUUACCUCCAACGGUUGCUGCUCAAUUAAUGAUCGGUCAACCAGUAACAGCUGAAUCGUUUGAAUGUGUUACAAUUUAUUUUUCUGAUAUCGUUGGUUUUACAUCAUUAUCAUCUGAAAGUACACCAUUACAAGUUGUCGAUCUUUUAAACGAUCUUUAUUCAGUUUUUGAUGGUGUUACUGAAAAUUAUGAUGUUUAUAAAGUUGAGACAAUUGGUGAUGCUUAUAUGGUUGUUUCUGGUUUACCAACACGUAAUGGAGAUUUACAUGCUCGAGAAAUAGCUCGUCUUUCAUUAGCUCUUCUCAAUGCUGUACUUAAUUUUCGUAUUCGACAUCGACCUGAUAAACAAUUAUUAUUACGUAUUGGUAUUCAUUCCGGACCAUGUGUAACUGGUGUAGUUGGUCUUCGAAUGCCACGAUUUUGUCUAUUUGGUGAUACUGUUAAUACAGCAUCUCGAAUGGAAUCAAAUGGUAAAGCUUUACGUAUUCAUGUUUCAUCUACUACAACAGCUAUUUUACAAAAAUUUGGUGCAUUUGAAUUAAAAUUUCGUGGUGAAAUUGAAAUGAAGGGUAAAGGAAAACAACGAACAUAUUGGUUACUGGGUGAACAAGGUGGUUUAAGUGCUCAACAUAGUUUGGUGAAUUGGGAUGACGAAACUGUUGAUGAGCAUUAA